AUGGUGAGAGGAGAGGCUUUGGGGACAAGCGGAUCUUGCAUUGCAGCGAUUUCUACUCAACUUCCUCAUCAAGGUGUUGUUCACUGGGGUGGUUCUAGAAACAAUAUGUCAGGCACAGAGGAAGUCAAAGAGCAAGCAGAAGUCGUUAUGGAGGACGGUGAAAAGUCCAUGCCAUCAACCCAGCAGGAGGAAGAGGCUGUUAAGAAGAAAUAUGGAGGAAUUAUGCCCAAGAAACCGCCACUAAUUUCAAAGGAUCAUGAACGUGCUUACUUUGAUUCUGCUGAUUGGGCUUUGGGAAAGCAAGGUGUAGAGAAGCCCAAAGGACCACUUGAGGCUCUUCGACCAAAGUUACAGCCAACUCAACAGCAAACACGCUACCGUAAAUCUCCUUAUGCUCCAUCUGUAGGCGAAGAUGGAAGUUCUGCCCCGUCUGAGGAGGCGACAACAAAUGAAUGA